CUCCUGCUCCGUCCAGCACCAGCCCAGCUCCGCCGCGCAGGGCCCCGCUGCCUCCUAGUGUUGUGAAAACGAUUCUUACGAAUUUUCUCGGGUUUCGCAAGUGCUUCUAGGUGUUUUCCGAACUCUGGGUAUAGGAGGAGGUGGAGGAGAAGGAAGUGCAAGGGAGAAGUGGAGUGUGAGAGUGAGGGCGGACGAGGUGGAGUCACUCACCUAACGUGCAAAAAAGACAUCUCGGCGUAAAAGUUUUAUGACAUCACACACAGUCACCAAACACACCUGCUCAAUGACUGGAGAUCCUAUGCCUGGCCAUGAUGGAGAGGAUUGGAGACAAAGAGGUGCAGCAAGUGUUGCAGAGAGACCAAGGCAGCCACACUCAACUCAUCUCCUGGAGCCAUGAACCAUUAGCCUCUAAACUAGAUGGUUCUACUUCCAAUUUUUUCAACCUGAGGGUGAAGUUUGAGGCAGCAGGGAAAGAAGAAGAAGUGUGCUAUGCAGCCAAACUGAGUAACACACGUGAAAUACAGCCAGAUGAUUUUUACACUUUAAUAUUCGUGAAGGAAUCUAGAUUUUAUCAAGAAGUGAUUCCCACACUGUCUUUCAUACUGGAGGAGGUGAAGGAAAAGCCACCGAGUUUCCCAAAGUGUUACUACAUCUCCUUCCAAGAAGGAAAGGAGGUGUUGAUCCUUGAAAACUUAAAGGCUAAAGGCUAUCUGAUGAAAGACAAAGCCAUAGGGUUGGACCUGGCACACACUUGCCUAGUAAUGAAAAUGCUGGGUAAGCUUCAUGCAGCUUCAUUCCUUCUGCAAGUUAAGCUUUCUGAAGAUAUCACGGAAAAAUUUGACUUUUAUAAAAAGGAAUGGACACAUGCGUUCAACUUGGGAUGUGACUGGGGUGGGUUCAUGGACAAGUUCCUGGAAACUGGACUGAUUAUGUUUGAAGAAAUGGAAGACUGUGAGAAGGUGAUGGCAUGGUUGAGAAGAGUAAAGCCUGAGGUGUGGACAAGAUAUGAUCAGAUGCUUCAAAGGAAAGCUCCUUUUGAUGUCAUCAGUCAUGGUGAUCCUUGGAUCAAUAAUAUGUUUUUCAGGUAUAAUGAAGCAGGUAAGCCAGAAGAGGUAGUACUCUUUGACAUGCAAGGCACCCGUGUCUGCUCCUUGGCUCUUGACCUGAAUCACUUCCUCAACCUCAAUGUUGAAGGAGAGGUACGGCGUGCAAACUUUGACACCAUCAUGGCCACCUACUACAACUCCUUCACCAGCGUCAUGAAUGCCGGGAAGCUUGCUGUGCCCUUCACACUGGAGGAACUCAUGCAGGAAUACAAUGACAAAGGAUUCUAUGGAGUGUUAUAUGCUAUCAUGUAUAUUCCUUGCAUGGUAUCCCAUGAUGAGGACUCCGCUGUGUUUAGUGAUGAGAAGAUACGGCGAGCAGCAGUGAAGAACAUGGUAAAAGAGAACCCUCUACUGCGUCCCAAAAUUCUCUCUGUGGUGGACGAAUGGAUAGAUCGUGGUGUCAUCACUUAAUCUCUUAGACCACUUCAGGAUUAUAUCAGAGGCCUUGUCUCAUUCACUUAUGAUGGGUGGAUGAAUUGUUCCAGUUUUAUAGGACUUCUUCUCAUUUAGCAAACAUGAACUUAGAUGUGAAUUACUGAAUGUUGUGGUUUUAUGCUGAAGUAAAAUAAAAAUCUGUAAUACAUCA